GUUCUAAAAUUGGCGCCUUGAUAGUUUUCUUCUCAAAACCCUCUUGAAUUUCAUGUCCGCGGACUGCUGCUACUGAGCUCUCACACUAACACCACCACCACCACUACCACCGCCAUGACUACUUCUUCCACCACUGAGCAAACCCUAAUAACAAGGUUAGAAACUUCAGAUUACAAAAAUCUUUACCAAUCAGUUCUCGAUUACUUACAGCCCUUUUCAGAUUUCAUUUCUCUAGAUGAAGAACACCAUGCGAAGGAUAUCAAGAAAUCUCAAAAGAAUAACGCUAAGAAGAUUAAUAACGACUCAACAGAUCCAUUAUUAAUUCGUCCAUUAGCGAAACAAUUCCUCUCAUUUUUAUCUCGUGCCCUAAAAAUCUUACCUAAUCAACUCUCUGUAAAAUCAAAUGGUGGUGGAGUUGAUAAAGAUAAAGAAUUAGCUCUAGAGUUCUUUGAUAUUUAUCGUUUAUGUUUGAAUUGUUUGUCUUGUGUUUCUUCAUGUUUAGAAGGAAAACCAUUUUCAAUACAAUUUCAGAGGAUGAGAUUGGUUCGUUGUUUAGAGGUUUGGGAACGGUAUGAAGAAGCCCAAUUUGAAGGGUUCUAUAUUCUUGAGUGUCUUAGGGGUAGUAGUAGUGGUGUAGUCAAGGGAAAAAAAAUCGAGGAAAGAUUUAUUCCUGAUUUGGGUAGUAAUGAGAAGGGGGAUCCUGAAUUAGCUAAUUUGAUUUUGGAGCUUGUUGUUAGUCUUGUAAAAUGUGCAUAUUUGAGUCAGAGCAAGAAUCAAACAGUUUUUCAAAGAGUUCUUGCUGUGGUUGAUCAGGCUGCGCCAUGGUGCAGGGUUUUGGAUACAAAGUCAUUUGAGAGGUUGCAUAAAAUACUUGUAACGUGUCUUUACAAAUGCACGCGAUUCAUGCUUGCCGAAGAUGAGUCUUUCGAAGGAGAGUUGGUACAUAAUUUCUGCACCAUAACAUUAACCCAGUGUCUGAAAUCAUAUCCCAAAGAUCAAUUUCUUAAGUUUGCGCACAAUAUUUUUGCUUCUUUUCGCUCACAAUGGGCUAGUAGACCUGCACUCAUCCUUGACAUAUUACAACUAACGAUGGACUCCAUUUUGUGCGAGUGCAAGGUUGACGUGGAUGACACUGUAAAUGAGUUCCUUGAUCUUGUACAUUAUUGUGUAAAAAAAUGUCGAGCUGCAAAUGCAGACACAUGUAACGAUGUUGCCAAAUAUCUAGACAGAAUGGCAAUUAAAUUUGUUCAGGUUGCAGGACCUAUUGAUUCAAUUCUGAGACUUUAUGCUACCGGAUCACAUUUUAUGGGUAGCGAGUUUCAGUCAAGGUGCAGUGACUUUUCAAAUUCUGGAAAUCCAGAAGUACAACCAACACUUGUUUUCUUGCAUUGUAGUGGGAAGAACUUGAAACAUCUUGCUAACACCCUCGAUUCUUUAUCAAAGUACUUCCAUAUUCACAGCAAAGAUGACCUCUCAUCAGUCGGUUGUGUAGUAAAAGACUCAAGAAAUUUCCCACAUGCAGCUAUAAUAUCUGAUUUGGAGUUGUCUAAUGUGUGUAAACAUAAACACGGAAAAAUCUCUCUGCUGUCACACCUAAAUGCUAUGGAGUUCUUCUGUAAGCCGUUCACGGAGUUAGUUACUAAGGCACGUGUAGACAUUUUUGCUGAAAAACAAGAAGCUUCGUUUUUGUCGAAAAUCUGUCAUAUCCGGGAUGCGUUCCACCAGUUCUGCACUGUGUUUUUCAUCACUUACAGCACAUUAGAGAAGGAGAAAGAUAGGCUUUACGAGAGCUGCAGGACAUUGCUUAGUGCAGCCAUGGCGUCGUUUGUAAUCUCCCUUGGCACAAAUUCUGACAUCCAGAAAAGCGUUGAUUGCAUUGAUCGGAUUGUUUCAAUGGGAUGGCUUCAGUAUAAGGAAAUGCAAUUUCUCAUUUCGCUUCUUUAUAACACUGGUGCCUAUCUGUACAAUGCUAAGCAGCUUAAAGUGGCUUCUGUCUCUUUGGAUGUUUGUUGUACGGCUUCAUGGAGUUGUGUUUCACUUCUUUGUAGUAAGUUUACACAAAAAUCAGAAGAUAAUUAUGAUGAUUUGUCAGAGGAAAUAAUUUCUGGUUUUGUGAAUGAGACUUGUGCAAAAAGCGUCGUACUUCUAGAUGUUCUGCAUCAUUGUGGCAGUCCACAUUUGCACACAACAAUUGUAAAUAGUCUUUCACAUUGGUCUCUUGCCAGAAAUAUAUUUGGGAGUUUGAGUGUUCCUGCAGCAUUGUUGAAGAAGUGGGUUAAGAUAAUUUACAAGGAUUUUAUGGAUGCGAAGGUGGAGGACAAUGCUCCCACUCUUUAUUCUUUGUUGUCAAAAUCUUCUUCACGAUUGUCAAAGGAGACCCUUAGUAUUAUCUUGGAGCAGGAGUUAUUAACAUAUGAAGAAACAGAAUCACUGAGUAUCAGUCUAAGUAAGAGAAUGCAACUUAAAAUUGUAGACAUUCUCCUGCUUGAUGUAUAUACUACAGAUGAUAAUUGUCUUCAGCGAUCAAAAAUUCUUAUUAAGAAAGGGAGGGUACUUAGGACUAGUGAAAACGAAGGCCUUAAUGGCAGUACUAAGUGUGUAUCAGAGGCUAUAUCUAACCUUAUCAACGUGUUCGGUGAAUCUAGCAGAAAUGCUCAAGUUUCUCAUCAGUUAGCCCUUGCGUAUUGCAUUCAUGCAUUGUGUGUCCAGGAGUCUCAAUUAGACUUUGAGGUUAUCUCGCGCGAUAUUCAUCAUGCGCUAAAGCUAUGGUCGAGUAUAAAAUGGUCAGUAGAUGUUCAUGGGGAACUGUUGACUGAACAAGCUAUACCUUUGUUGUGUACUGUAGCUGAUCUUUUGUCACUUAAGGGUUGUUUGCAGUUACAGAAUGAAAUGUAUAAGCUGAUCAUUAAAUUUCUGAAAAGGAACAAUGUGCCAGCAGAACAAUGCUUGACCUUUUUAUGGGCAGACCGAAGGCUUACACAUGCAUUGUGCCCUUCACCAGUUCAUAAAGAUUUUGUCGAGGAUUUUGAACUGCAUUUUGGUGUUGAUUCCAGCUCAUUUGGUUUCUGGGUUAGUUGUUUGAAGGAUUCACCAGAACUGCUAAUUGGGUUUCGCCAGAGGUUCUCACUCUCUGGUUCCAUUUUGGGAGAUCAUCACUGUGGAGUUUCUUUGGGUUCUCAUGAGACCAUUAGUGAAGUUAAGGAGGUCACAUCAGCUCUGGUUUCUAGGGGAUCCAGGUCAGCAUUCGUUGCUGGAUAUCUAUACUACGACCUUUCUGAAAGAUUCAUUUCAAAUGGACAACUAUUUGAGGCUCUUUCAUAUGCGAUAGAGUCCUUGCAUCUACGUACCAAACUCCUACAGAAGAAAUUUCGUUGCACCUUGAAGCAGCAGCCUAUGACUUCUUAUGAAUCUGGGGAGACUACAAGUCAACACGAGCGUGGCUAUGUCAACGUUGAGGUACUUGAAUCAGUAUCUACUGAAGUUUGGCCUUUAACCACUGCUUCAUGGACUAUAGAAGGCUCUAUCACUACUCAGUGGAAUGUACUUCAAUGCUAUCUUGAAAGCGUACUACAGGUUGGAGCCAUUCACGAGGCAACUGGAAAUGUUAUGGCUGCUGAAGCCCUUUUUUUGCAAGGAAAACAUAUCUCAUGUACUGAAAGCUUGCCAAUAUUUACAGUUGCUUUUGCAUCUGCAUUAGGGGAAAUAUACGGCAAGAAGCAAAAUUGGGGUUUGGCAGAAAGAGAGCUUAACCAGGCAAAGCAAAUUUUAGCUGAUAGCAAUACUUGUAUUACUUGCAAGAGAUGCAGAUUGGCUUUGGAAGUUACUGUCUAUCAGCGAAUUGGAGAUUUAACAAAGAACCGUAUGGAUGUAAUUACAAGGGUUUCAUCUAUUAAUAGCUUAUACUCUGCCCUUGACUUAUACAAAUCAGCCCUAAAGAGGCUUAAACUUCCUGAAUGGGAUAACUCUCUCAGUUUCUUGGAAACAGAUGAUUUAGUGCAUAAGGAACUAAGCUCUCUGAAGGACAAAAGUGAAGGAUCACAUGUGAACUUGGUGCCUAGAAAGUCCAGAAAACCAAAGACUGCUCCACAAGAUUUAGCGGCUGAGCUUUUGGAACCCGUGAAUGCUCGAAUGAUGACUCGUUCCAGAAAUCGGUCCUCUCAUAAUAAUAGUGUACAACUUGAAGAAAAGAUGGACCUAGAUUGUCCUAAAAAUUCAAGGCGACAUAACAUUCUUGAUGAUCAUGCUAAGCAGAGUUCUGAUUUUGGUUGUGAAGCGUGUAAAGUACAUAGAAAGAACUGCUGGAGGUGUCUUCUCUUAAAAGUAUCGGAAAGUGGAAAGAUGAAUGAUUUCAUUUAUAUGAAAUGGGAAUUUUACCGCAGGAGGCUUCAACUAAAGUUAUUUAUUGACAUAGGAUAUUGCAUAGGGGUUGUUGGUGAAGUUCAUGAAACACAUGAAAUAUUUUGGCAAAGCAUCUCCGCACUGGCCAACAGAAAUAUACAGGAUGGAACUUGUCCUGCUACGCUGCAAGCCAACUUGCUUGAGUUCAUUGAGAAGGCGAGCCAGGGAGAUGUGUUUGCCAUUGAACGUGCUAUUGUGCUGUACCACAUCUCUUGGUUUUCUCUCAAGAAUUACCAUUCAGAAUGUACUAGGAUCAACUGUUGUGGUUUAUCUCGUAUUCAGAUUCCAAAGAUAGUAUCUUGGUUGAUGCAAGCCUUUGUACUCUGCCGUGAGGUCCCCCUGCUUUUCCAAAAGGUAUCUAGGUUGCUUGCGAUGAUAUUCUUACUCUCGUCCUCCGAUGGACCUUUUUGUUUGCCUCAUUUUUCUGGCAAAAUUCUCACUGUAAGUCAUUGGGCCGCAUACUUUCACCAAGCUUCUGUCGGUACUUAUCUCAGUCAUCAAUUCCUAUCAAAACCAAUUGGACAGCCGAAAAACGGCAAACUUACAGAUUCUGAGAGCUCACAUGCUACUGGCUCAACUAAUGGAGCAACAGAAGCAUGCAACUUACUCAGAGUUGCACCAGAAAGGAUAGAGGACCUUGAAAAUUUUGUAACUGAUUUUUUUCAACAGCUUCCAAGCAUCACUGUUAUCUGUUUAAGUUUGCUUGGUGAUGAAUUUGAUCAGCUCUUGCGAGAUAUUUUCCCCUCCCCGUCCUUUCUAGCUUGGAUUCUAGUCUCACGGUUAACUUCAUCUGCACAACCUGUUGUCAUGAUUCUUCCUGCAGAUUUGAUUCUUGAAGAUGCACUGGAUGAUGAUGCAAGUUCUGGAAUGGUAUACAUGUCCGAGACAAAAGACUCGAGUAAAAAGUGGCGAUGUCCUUGGGGCAACACUGUUGUGGAUGACGUAGCUCCACAAUUCAAGUUGAUUCUGGAGGAAAAUUUUGUGUCAUCUUCAAUGUCUCCCUCUGAUGAUACACAAGAGAACAGGGUGCUCUGGUGGUCAUGGAGGAGAAAGCUCAAUGACCGUCUUGAAAAAUUCUUGAGGAAUCUUGAAGAGUCAUGGUUGGGUCCGUGGAAAUGCUUGCUGUUGGGUGAACCAUCAGACUGCAGAAGCUUGAAUUCGGUACUACAAAAGUUGCUGACAGAUCUGAAACGUAAAUGUGGACAUGAUGCAAAUAAGACUCUUCUGAGGGUUAUGCUUGGAGGUGCUGGAUCAAUCCCUGAAACAGAAGCGUGUGUAUCUCAGUUCCUCCUCAACAAGAAUUACAUAGGUAGAGGUGGGUGUUGGGAUAAAAUCUGUGGUUUGUCAGAUACUGCUCGGGAUGUAGAUGAAACUUUAUUUUCGUUACCCCGAAAGUUGAUAUUAGAAGCAUUUAGCAAACUUGGAAAUGAAAGCAUAGGGAGACAACCAAUAGUUCUGGUGCUGGAUUCUGAAAUACAGAUGCUUCCUUGGGAAAACCUACCUGUAUUGAGGAAACACGAAAUUUAUCGGAUGCCAUCAGUGGGAAGUGUCUCUGCAAUACUCAACAUAAGUUGGCACCUUGAAGAACCAAUUGGGAGGAUCUCCGACACUUUUCCAGCAAUAGACCCCUUAGAUGGGUUCUAUUUAUUAAAUCCUGGUGGUGACCUUGAGCGUACUCAGGUUGAAUUUGAGGAUUGGUUCAGAGACCAAAAGUUUGAGGGAAAAGCUGGAACUGCCCCACCAGCGGAAGAGUUGGUUGUAGCAUUGGAAAACCAUGAUCUCUUUAUAUACAUUGGUCAUGGAAGUGGGGCACAAUAUAUACCUAGUUAUGAGAUACAAAAGCUGGACAAAUGUGCUGCAACCCUUUUGAUGGGAUGCAGUAGUGGAUGUCUCUCGCUGAAGGGCUGUUAUAAUCCACAGGGUGCUGUUCUCUCCUACUUGUUAGCCGGUUCCCCAGCCAUCAUCGCCAAUCUGUGGGAAGUGACUGACAAGGAUAUUGACAGAUUCGGCAAGGCGAUGUUAAAUGCUUGGUUGCAAGAGAGAUCAAAAUAUUCCGUUGAUACUUCCCCAUGCGAUUUGGUGAUACAAGACUUGGCUUCCAUGAACAUUACUACCAAGGGAAAUUCAAAGAAAAAAGUCUCUAAAGGGAAGAAAUUGAAGGAUGAUUGUACUAUCAGUUCAUCAAAAAUUUCUUGUAGCCAUGAACCGAUGAUUGGGUCAUUUAUUAGUCAAGCCCGAGAAGCUUGUACUCUCCCUGUUUUAAUUGGUGCAUCUCCCGUAUGUUAUGGUGUUCCAACAAGUAUAAGGAAAAAGAAGGAUUUGUAAGUAGAAACUCACUCUUCACCAGAUAGGAAAUCACCCACUAUUUAACACCUGCUCCCGUGUAAAUAUAGCAUCACCGUGAAGCUGGAAAACUGAAGUGUAUAGUAGUUAGUGCAAGGUUACUCCAAUAUCCAGACCCGUAUGGGUUUGUUUGAAAUGCCAUUGUUUGUUUUUUUCUAACAUUCAUGUAAGAUUAUAGUGGAACAUAUAUCAGCCAGCGCUGAAUUGUGUAAAUCAUAUCUCAGGAAUUUAUAUUGUAUUUGAGUAUUUAUAAAGAU